AUGAAAAAGAUCAUCGGUUUCGUUCUUGCUUUCUCCACUGUCCCUUCAUUGGCUUUCGGGAACUGGUUUGCCACUCAGAAAUCAUCUGGCCGAUCACCCACCCGAGCGUCCGCAUUGGGGGAUCCAAUAUGUGAAUAUUAUCAAGUGGAUGUGCCAACCUCACAAGCAGGCCCACCCAAACAAACCAUAAGCGUGGAAGAUUUGACUCCCAUGUUGAAGGAACUGCUGAAGGACAGCGGUAUGAAGAAUGGUGUGAUCAAUGUGAUUAGUAGACACACAACAACUGCCGUUACUAUCAAUGAACGAGAAAGCCGUCUUGCAAGAGAUCUAGAAGAAACAUUUUUGGCCAUGGUACCUGCCGAUGAGCGAUCGCAUCCUGCCGUCGCCAAGGAAGGAAAUCGAUAUCAGCACAACGACAUUGAUCAAAGACCAGAAUCUGAGGAGGAGGCCCAAAGGUGCAGAGACAAUGCAUGGGAUAUUGACAAUCCCAAGGAAUUGCAAAGAUGGCGAGACCAAGAGCCCAUUAAUGCACACUCACAUCUUAUAUCAAUGCUCUUGGGUAGCUCCGAAGGGAUACCCGUAAUGGAUGGACGGAUGGUGAUAGGCCAGUGGCAGAGUGUACUGCUGGUAGAUCUUGAUGGCCCUCGAGAUAGGACUGUGGGUGUUCAGCUCUUAGGAUACCUUUCUAAAGAAUGA